CUGGUGGGCAUGGACUGAUGUUUCUGCUCCUCUCUCUCUCUCUCUCUCUCUCUCUCUCUUAUACAUGGAUCGGCAACUACAUUCUUGCCAAACAAAUAUGUGCCCCUUUUCUUGAGAUUGCGCCCACAACAUGUUUGAUGUUUUGCUUAUAAAGAGUUGGACUUCAUUUUUUUCAGUUUUUUUUAAUGUAUGAGGCCUGGUCUAAUUUGUUUUCAAAAGUGAACCUACUGUACAUGCCAAUGCAUCUAGGAAAAUUAAGUUUUUUUGCCAAACUAACUGGAUGCUUAAAUUCUGGAUAUGAACAUUGAUUGGGUGCUGAAAUGUUUCGCUAAUGAUAGUUUCCAACAUGCUUUUUAGCACAACUACAGAACUACAGAAAUACAUAUAAACUAUUAUAGUUCAACCAAUUUGCAGUUUUUAAUUAUGUGUACUGAAAAUGGAUUUGGUGUCCACGACAUGUGAAGUUAAGAUCAACUUAAAUUGUGUGUUAAUGUUCUUCUCCUUUAACAAAUAUAUACAAUACGAGGCCAUGAUGCCCGGCAGAUAUGUAGCAACAAAGGUGAUAACCUCUCUUUGGUCCCUUUGGUAAGAUAAAUUCGUUCUUCUGUGCAUCUUGUAUGAGUUUGAUGCGGUAGGUUGGAAAUUUAUUGGAUUUUGUUUGGUUCCUUCAGACUCAGAGGCUUUCAUUUUGCUCAGUUGAUUGGCUGAAGUUAUGCACACAGCCCUGCAGGCUGUUUGUUGUAAUGCAAAUAAAGCAUUUCUCCCGGCAAAACACCCAACAACAAGAUUUUCUUUAGGGCUGAUUUAUCCAGAAGCCCAAACCAUGUGGGUGUAGUUCUUGCAAUUAGAAUUACUAAUAUCCGUUUGUUAGAGUAUAGUUAUUUGGCAGAGAACUUCUUCUAGAUGCUCUGCAUCCUCUAUGAGUAAUGCACUUUGUUGUUUGUUGACCAUUUAUGGGUAGAUUUUGCCUAUUGGAUAAUGGCCCAGAAAAUAUCUUCUUAGAAAAUAGCAUUGGCAACUUUGAUAAAUCGAGAAAGCUUCUUCUUUGUUUGAGUUGAAAUUAAGAAACCUCCCACAGAGCAAUGUCGUCUUCAUCAUGCUGCAACUAUAAAACACAGGGUGACCAAACCCGAAAAGUUGAUGGGAAUUUAGUUUACAUUUGGAUUCCUUUGUACUGCCUACAAUAUUAUAGCUUAAAUAUUGCUACUAAAUUUCUCGGAGUGGUGAUGCAUGCAAACAAUUUCUUAGAGAUAGGCUGUGUACAAUCAUUCACGAUGCAGAUCUGUUAAUUUUAAUUUUGGAAUAAUGGAUAUGUUCUAUUAGCUUGAGCUGGUGACAGGACACCUUUUGAUUGCAGAAGCUCAAGUACUUGAGCCAUCUAGAGAAAUCACUAAAACUACUUGCUAAUCCAGUGCAUCUCUAUCAAGAUAAAUCAUACUGUAGGUGUUGCCAUCUAUGAUCAUUUCCCUAUUCAUACUCUGCAACUCCACUUGAAAAGGGCAUGGAGUCAGGAAAAAGGCUACGAGCUUCUGAUGGAUAUUCAAUCUCAUGGUCAGACUGUGGGUACAUUAGGGUCAAAGCACCACAAGAUAAUUAGUUGCUAAUUAAAUAUGGCAUGAACCUCAAUUAACACACUUAUAGUUCAAGUUGAAGGAGCUUACUCUGAUUCACAACCACAAUAGCAGAGUAAAUAACUUGGUAGUUUCAUGUUUAACAACUUCUAUUUUGAUACUGUCUCGACGGCUUGAUGGAAAAGAUCGACGGAAUAACAUGGUUACAACUAACAGUCUGACGGCCUAAAUCAAGUAUGUUCCGUUGCCAACUUUCUCUUGAAGAUAAAGACUGAAGCUUGUUGCUUUUGCUCAUCCUGGUGCUACCUGAUUAGUACUUAAUCAAGAUGAGUAAUCAUGAUAGCUGGUGUUGAACUCCAGCCAACCAUGGUGAGAAGGAAUUGAUGCUGCAGCUGUAAGCGGCGGGUGGCUACGCAUUGGUAGCCGUUGUGCUGAUAUGUAACUCCAGCCAACCAUGGUGAGCAGACUUUGAUGUUGAUAUGUUAGUCUGGUAGAUAAACAUUACUAAAUUUUCAAUCAGAUGUUAGUACUGGUUGAAUGUCGAUUAGGAUAUCAGUAGUACAUACCCACAUAUGAUUUUUUGCAGUUGCCAUAUGAUUGAAAUAAGUAGCUUGAUUUAUUGUUCAACAGAAGGUUCCUUUCAUAUUUACUACUCCCUCCGUCAGAAAACACUUGUCAUCAAAAUGGACAAAAAGGGAUGUAUCUAGAACUAAAAUACAUCUAGAUACAUCCCCUUUUAUUCAUUUUGAUGACAAGUAUUUCCGGACGGAGGGAAUAUUUGUGUGGUGUUUGCGGGUUCAGUAGGAAUUCAUCACAUGGUGUCCACGCUUAUGGUAUGUGUGUGCUUGUGCUGAUUCUCAAGAAAAUGCUCGCCUUUAGGAUGUGGUUCUUUAGUUCUAGGCAUUUAGUACUUUUGGUUUUGAGGAAAAAAAUUUGAUCCUAUUACCCUAUACCUUGAAAUAAAAGGUUCUAGCUGUGAUUAGGAGUAAUCAGAUUAUUUGCAAAUCAUGUGCAGAAAAAUUGGAUCAGUUAUGGGAAAGCUCUCAUGCCAUAUUACUGCUUUGUGUAUUAUAUUUAGAAAAUAAAUCUUAGGGUAACAUCAUUUCCAUAUAAUUUGUGCAGAGUUAUGUAUGUUUAAUGCAUGAAUGGUAGAGGCAACAUUAGAUAGAAAAUGACUACACCAUGCAUGCUCUUAGGAAAAAAGGCCAUGAUAACACCUGUCACAUUUUCAGUUUUUUGAAUAGCCUAUUAUAAGUCCUUAUCUUACCAUUUAAAGUUUGUCACGAUGUGUUCUUUAAGUAGGAUGGUGUGGCCAUGCGAGGAUAUUUUUAUACCCGGUGCAACGCACGGGCCCUUUUGCUAGUAAAUAUAAAUGAAAACAUGCACUUAGUAUUUAACAGUGGCCUUCGUAAGUGCCAAUAAAUUAUCACCGCAAUAUAGAGCAGGUCACACGUAUUAAUUCGUGAAUAUAUUUUAUAUUGAUCCAAACUUAAUAUAUUCAUUAUUGAGUGGGCAGAUAGCCAAUCUCUUUCAGAAGACUAUUCCAGCUGGCUGCCUUUAAAGACCAUUCUGCGUGGCCACAAAAGCAAGGGCAGGAGGCCCAAGAUACUGACUCUACUACCACUGUCUCAAAAUACAAGACGUUUUUGUAGGCUAUAUAAAACGUUUCUAGGCUAAUUUAGCCAACAAAAACGUCUUAUAUUUUGAAACGGAGGUAGUAGUAUUUAUUGUAUACUGGUGCGUGUGGUAGCUAACCACUAUCCAUUGCUCUUGCUUGGCUCUAGUAUAAUUAGAUUAUUUAUACUGUUGUCUGCAAUCAAAACUGAAGCAAGGCGUUUCUACGCAAACUGCUCCUGUAUAACACAAAACAUUAUCCGUCUGUUUUUAAUUGUUGUAUUUGAAUGCAUUCAAUUGGUUUGGGAUUAAUACUUGCAUUUCAACAGAAUUAUUGCCUCCCUCAAAAAAAAUUGUUGCUUAUUUGUGGCAUGACCUAACCUGCUUCAUGUGUGCUGACAAUUUAUUUUUUUGAAAACAUGAACUCAGAAUUUAACAGCGGCCUCCGUAAGUGUCAAAGACUUAUUGUCGAAAUACAGUUCAGGCCACACGAAUUAAUUCAUGAAUAUAAUUUAUAUUGACCCAAACUUAAUCAAUUCAACGGCACCGACGAAUGCUACUAGUCGAUAAAAUAUCAAUGACAAUAAUCAGCCAGUGGGCAGCUCACCAAUCUCUUUCAGAAGACUAUUCCAGCUGGCGCAUUUAAAGACUGUGCUGCAUGGCCACAAGCGCAAGCAGAGGAGGGCCAAGAUACUGACUUAUAUUUAUCAUCAACCGGCGUAUUCCAGCUAGCGAGUAUCCUUUGCUCUUGCUGGGCUCUAGUAUGCUUCUGCUAUCCACACAGGCAAGGCAUCACGAAAUCUCAGAAAUCUGAAGAUUUUGUUCAUUCCCUUCUUCUGCAACUGCAAGCAGAGGAAGUUUCAUCUUGAUCACUGUUGAUUGAAUAAUCCUGUAUUCAGGUGCAGCAGCAUGGUUUUCUCUUGGUGAUUGCCCGACGAUCUUCUGUUAUCUAUUGUGGUUCUUUGCUUGCGCUCAGCCUCGCGAGAUCUUGAAACUAUUGAUAGACUGGAAGACUGGUUCUAAGGUGCACCAGCAUGGUUUUCCCUUGGUAAUUGAUGGGUGGUCAUUCAUUUUCAGCUUUUGGUUUCUGCCAGUCUCAAGGAAUAUCCUAGUGUUUUUGGUGGAUCUCUGGCGCUGAGUUUGUCUGAUCCAUGGCAGCCGUACUUGAAACUUUGCUUAAAUCAAGUGUCAAUAAGUUGCAAGAUGUCAUUACAGGUGAGGCCAUACUAAUCCUAGGGGUGGAAGAAGAGCUCACAAAACUACUGCGACGAGUGGAACUAAUUCAGUGUUGUAUAUAUGAUGCUGAGAAAAGGAGGACAAAAGAGCAAGCGGUAAACAAUUGGCUUGGUCAACUGAGAGAUGUUAUAUAUGAUCUUGCUGAAAUCUUGGAUGUGGCUAGAUGUAAAGGAAGCAAGAGACUUCCUGAUGAUCCUUCUUCAUCAUCAAGCAAAUCAGCUGCAUGUGUAGGCUUCUCAGUGUCCUCUUGCUUUUGUAACAUCUGGUCACGUCGUGAUGUUGCUGUUCGGAUUAGAAGCCUCAACAAAAAGAUUGAGAACAUUGCAAAUGAUAAGAUAUUCUUAACGUUCAACAGUAGUACACAACCUACUGGAAAUGGUCCAACAUCCAGACUGAUAAAAAGUUCCAACCUUCUUGAGCCCAACCUUGUGGGAAAGGAGAUCAUACAUUCCAGUAGGAAGUUGGUGGACUUAGUGCUUGCACACAAGGAAAAUAAGUCUUACAAGCUUGCUAUUGUUGGAACAGGCGGAGUUGGAAAGACAACACUAGCUCAGAAAAUAUACAAUGACACAAAAAUAAAAGGAAGCUUCAAGAUGCAUGCAUGGAUUUGUGUUUCACGGGACUACAAUGAAGUUACUCUUCUGAAAGAAGUUCUCCGGAAUAUUGGUGUGCAUCAUGAACAAGGUGAAACCAUAGCAGAGUUGCGGAGUAAGCUUGCAGAAACAAUUGAAGGGAAGAGUUUCUUUCUUGUUCUAGAUGAUGUAUGGCAUUCCAAUGUAUGGACGGGUUUAUUUAGACUUCCCUUACAUGCAACAACUAGAGAAGUAAUAUUGGUAACCACACGAGAUAAUCAAAUUGCAUUGAGAAUAGGCACACAGUACACCCAUCGAGUUGAUCUCAUGUCAGCAGAGGUGGGAUGGGAGCUGCUUUGGAGGAGCAUGAACAUUGGUGAAGAGAAACAAGUGCAGAAUUUUAAAAACACGGGGAUUGAGAUUGUUCGUAAAUGUGGUCACCUCCCUCUUGCAAUCAAGGUUACAUCUAGUGCUUUGGCCAGCAGAGAUCUAACAGAGAAUGAGUGGAAAAAGUAUCUGGGUAAAUAUAUUGGCUCCCAGAGCAUACUCUUGGACGAAGUAGAAUUAGCUUUGUAUCUAAGCUAUGAUGAGUUACCACAUCGUCUGAAACAGUGUUUCCUUUAUUGUGCUCUGUAUGUUGAAGGUUCUAUCAUUCGACGUGAUGAAGUUACCCGGUUAUGGAUUGCUGAAGGCUUCAUCGAGGAGCAGCAAGGCCAACUACUAGAAGACAUAGCAGAAGAGUACUACCAUGAGCUAAUCCACCGGAAUCUCCUCCAACCAGAUAUCUCAUAUUUUGACAUGUCUCACUGCAAAAUGCACGACCUCUUAAGACAACUUGCUUUGAAUAUAUCAAGAGAAGAAUGUUUUGUUGGAGAUGUUGAAUCAUUAAGGGGUGAAAAUAUGCCAAAACUGCGACGUGUUACUGCUGUUAUUAAGAAGGAUAUGUCAGUGUUACCUAGAGUGGAUAAGGUGGAAGUUAAGGUGAGGACUUUCCUAACUGUUAAGGGUCCAUGGAGAAUUGAGAAUACAUUGUUCAAGACAUUCCUGCUUCUUCGUGUUUUGGUACUGAAUUACUCACUUGUACAAAGCAUCCCAGAUUACAUAGGAAAGCUGAUACAUCUACGUCUACUUAAUCUAGAUUAUGCUGGCAUAUCUUGUCUUCCAGAAUCCAUUGGCUCCCUAAAGAACCUUCAAGUACUGAGCUUGAGAUGGUGUAAUGAUCUGCACAGUCUUCCUUUGGCAAUGACCCUGUUGUGCAGUUUAAGAUGUCUUAAUCUUUUGGGCACAGAAAUAAAUCGGGUUCCCAAAGGGAUAGGGAAACUGAAGUUCCUCACGUAUUUAGAAGAUUAUCCUGUUGGUGAUGGAAGUGAUAAUGCUGUUGUACAAGAUGGAUGGAAGUUGGAAGAGUUGUCUCCUUUGUCGCAUAUGAGGUAUCUUCUUCUUAUCAAGUUGGAAAGAGCAGCUCACUGCAGUACAAAUGCAAUUCUUACAGACAAAAAGCAUCUAAAACACCUAACACUAGAGUGGACUGAACGUGGAGAGGGGUCAUAUUCAGAAGAAGAUGUUAGCAAUAUUAAGGAGGUCUUUGAGCAGCUAAUACCUCCGCACAACCUGGAAGACCUAUGUAUUGUCAGAUUCUUUGGUCAGCGGUAUCCCACCUGGUUAGGUACCACCUAUUUGUCUUCAUUAAUACACUUGAAACUCAUAGAUGUACGAUCAUGUGCGCAUCUUCCACCGAUCUGGCAGCUACCCAACUUGAAAUUUCUUAAGAUUGGGGGAGCACAUGCAGUUACCAAGGUUGGGCCUGAAUUUGUUGGCUGUAAGAAGGGUGAUCCUGUAUGUAAUGAGUUGGUUGCUUUCCCUAAACUUGAAUGGUUGAUCUUCGAGGAUAUGCCCAACUGGAAGGUGUGGUCUUUUUUUGAGGAAGAAGUUGCUGACGAUGUAAGGGGAGAGGAUGGAGCUGCUGAGAUCCGCAAAGAGGAUGCCCAAUCGGCAAGGUUGCAACUGCUGCCUCGUUUGGUGGGCUUGCAACUUGUAGGUUGCCCAAAGCUGAGCGGUCUGCCACGACAGCUUGGAAAAGACACCGCCUGUUUGAAGGAGCUCAGUUCAACGGGACUGAACAACUUAAAGGCCAUGGAGGAUCGCCCAGUGCUCUCUGAACUUGUUGUUUCGUACUGUGAAGGCCUGGAGAGGAUCUGCAACCUCCCUCAAGUGACAGAGCUGCGUGUAGGUGGUUGUCCAAACUUAAGCCAUGUAGAAGGAUUGGGUAGUUUGCAGCGGCUGUGGGUGAGUGAGGAUAUGCAAGAAAUCUUUUCACGCUGGGUACCUGGGCUUCAAGAGCAGCACCGGCGACUUCAUGGCGAAGACCUGGAUAUCUACACAUGGACAAGGUACAAGAGUUGAUAAUAUCGGCAAACCGUGAAAGGCGGCGACAAGUUCUUUCAAGAAGCUAUCUGUCAUCUGUGGGAGGAGAAGCGUCAAAGAAAAGGGGCAAGCUCUGUUCUGUGCGAUGGAGCUGAAGAAGAAGAAGAAGAAGGAAACUGCAGAAACUACUUACUAGCUACACCAUCUGCCAAAAAACUUGAUAGUGCAAUGCAGUGCUCUUCGUGGUACUACUAUCGUUUUCUUUUCUGAACUUAAUCAUUGUGUGAUGGAGAUCGAUGAUACUCUCGUACAUUUUAUCUGCGUUUUAAUUACUUAUGUGAAACGCACUGCACUGCACUGCACUCUGGUUUAAGCUAAGUGUGUGAUCUGUUUUUGGAUACUGUUAGGCGGGCUCAGUGGCCGUUUAGUUUAGUUCGGAGGAAUUGGAUAUAGGAGUAUUUUGGAACGUUGUAUUGUGAUCAAACUGAAGCGAGGCGCAUCUCGUGUGUUACUCGCACGCUGGAUUAAUUGGG